UAGUGUCCAGGGGGAGUGAGAGGGGGAGGGGUGGAGAAUGCAGAAGAAGCAACAGCUUGAGAUUUCUAGGGAACCGAACAGAAGAAAAAUCUGAGCAGUUCCUACAAAACAAGGAAGUACAGAGGGAAGGAUGAGGUGGAGAAGCAUAGAAAAAUACCAAAAAAAUAACAAAGGAACAUAGCAGCCAAGAAAGCAGCGGAUGUAUUCUUUUGUGAGACAAGAAGGCAUGAGAAGAAAGUGGGCUGAUAGAGUAAGAGAAGAGCAAAGCAGCAGAGAAGUCCUGAAAAGCCAGUAGAGAAAAGAGAAGGGGAAAAGAGAGCAAGUGGCAGUUAAAUCAAGAGGAGGGAGGGAGGGUGAGGAGAUUAACAGUCUGAGAGAAAAAGAGAGAGAGAGAGAGAGAGAGUAAAGAAAAGGGUGCAGUCGUCAAGAAACAGACUCUAAAAAAAAGAGAGGACGGCAGAGCACAAGAGUGAGUCGUUGGCAGCGGGACCAUCCGCAUUUAAAUGAGAGUUGACGAGAGCACAUGCAUGUCAGCGGCUAUGUGUGCGCUGAAGCUCGUGUGUGAGAGUGGAUGCGCGUUAUGAGGACUCUUAUGCUCUGGCUCCUUCCUAUCAUCCUUCUGUGUUCCUUCUGCAGUGUGGCCUUCUGGAUAUUCCUCUCUAACAAUAAUGUAAUCCCUCACCCUUCCUCCAAGAUUCCUCAAAAAAGUUCAGAAACACAAUCUUGCAAAGGAUGCAAAGACAGUGUAUUAAUUUCCAAGGCACUGGAGAACUACUCACACAAAUGGAAAAAACACGAGGCAAACCUAAAAAGAUUCAGGUCAUUACUGAGUAGCAAAUGCCACGCUGUGUCAAAGGCUGUGGUCACACAGAGUAACACCCCACUGGGGUCAAAUGUUAUCUAUGAUGGAGAGCGGAGAAAGCCGCUGCAGGUGACACAAGCCCUGUACAACAUCUUAGCUAAGGAGCAGCUUGGAAAUGCGACAUGGGAGUCAUGUGCCGUGGUGGGGAACGGAGGUAUUUUGGCCAACAGCAGCUGUGGAGAAGAAAUUAAUUCAGCCCAGUUUGUCAUUAGAUGCAACCUUCCACCAUUGGAUAACAGAUAUGAGAAAGAUGUGGGCAACAAAACCAACCUGGUGACUGCAAAUCCCAGCAUCCUCCAUGAGAAGUACAGUGGACUGAUGGAGCGUCGUCGUCCAUUUGUGGAAAGCCUUUAUCCUUAUGGACAAGCCUUAUUGCUGUUGCCAGCCUUCUCUUACGGCCACAACACACCCGUAUCCCUGCGUGCCUUUUACACACUGGAGGACUUCAGCAGCAACAGCCCGCUGCCCAUUUUCCUGAAUCCGGAAUACUUGAGGAGGUUGUCGAGGUUUUGGCGUGAGAGAGGCCUUAACUCGGUUCGUCCCAGCACAGGACUCAUCAUGGCCAGCUUAGCACUAGAAAUCUGUUCAAACGUCCAUUUGUAUGGUUUUUGGCCCUUCAAUAAGCAUCCAAAUGACAGUCGGCCGAUCACCAACCAUUACUACGACAAUCGGGAGAGCAAGAAGAACGUGCAUUCUAUGCCGACCGAAUUCGAACAUUUAUUAAAACUUCACAAGCAAGGUGUGAUUCGCAUACACCUGGGCGAGUGUCAUCGCACGCGUAGUUAAAGACCUUGUCUGGAGUUUACUGCACACCACUAAAAAAAUACCUCACAGUUCGAUUAAAGACUACGGCAGGUGUCUGGAAAAACAGCUGUGAAUGCGCACUGAAAUUGUAUUGCCUGUAAGCAGUAAGCCAUGACCAUGCACAAAACAUAUCAUGUUUUUUUAGUUACUUUGACAUAAUCUUGCACACAGAAAGAACUGAAAACGAAUGUAAUUAUUUUAGCCUUAGUAUACUGUGAAAGAAUUUAAUUAGGAGAAUGACUCUUGGAGCAGCAGCCCUAAACUCUGCCUGAGCAGACUUGCCUUAGUCAGCUUUUAACAUGCUCGCUGUUGUUGGUCCUCCGGCUCUGUUGCAUUCAUCACAAGUGCCAGUCUGUCCUUUAGCAGCUUAUUAGCAGUGAAUGUGAAUUUGAUCUCAGGUGUGCAGAAAUAGCUGUGAUAGCAACAUUGGAUUAUAAUUCUAGACCUUGAAUCUAGGGCUCAGAUCCGAGUUUGGAGAUCAUAGAAAUGUCUGGAUCAUUGGAAAUACGACACUACAUGUACACUGAGAAACAAUAAGAAACAUGGGAUGUGGGUUAACGUAACUGACAUGUGUAAAAGCUGACAAUAGAGGUGAAUUUCUAAUGUGCCAAUUUUGAAUGCCUUGUCUGAGCAUGAUAUGACUCCUGCAACACUCACUGUAAAGGAAAUAAAAUUUCCUUUGAAUUAA